GCGGCGCUCAGAAUGUCCGGCAGAGGCAAGGGCGGGAAGGGGCUCGGCAAGGGGGGCGCCAAGCGCCACCGCAAGGUGCUGCGCGACAACAUUCAGGGCAUCACCAAGCCGGCCAUCCGCCGCCUGGCGCGGCGCGGCGGCGUCAAGCGCAUCUCGGGGCUCAUCUACGAGGAGACGCGCGGCGUGCUCAAGGUCUUCCUGGAGAACGUCAUCCGCGACGCCGUCACCUACACCGAGCACGCCAAGAGGAAGACGGUUACGGCCAUGGACGUGGUCUACGCGCUCAAGCGCCAGGGACGCACCCUCUACGGCUUUGGCGGCUAAAGUGAUCUGACGUUAGACUGCGCUUUUAAAACACCCCAAAGGCUCUUUUCAGAGCCACCCACUUACGCUGGAAAAGAGCUGCGAUGCUGUGUUUUUGUUGGAAGGCCGCCUACCGAAGUUGCUGUUACUUGGUAAUUUCUUUGAAUCUUGUUACUGUUUCACAAGUGUUUAUGGUAAUUACCAUGUAAUGCUUUGCAUUGUACUACUAGUAGUGAAGUUAGGUUGCCCAGAGGGGUUUAGUUUACUCCUUAUCUUCCCCAGUAAAUACUGAGCACCCUGCUAAUAAAGUAUAUUAGCAAGACAUUAAUUUCCUUUCUGUUUUCAGGUCUCACAGAGUUUAGUGCAAUCUGAAAUAGUAAUGACACCGUAGUUGAUCUAAGAAUUCUUCCUUUAACCCACUGCAAAUCGCUGUUUGGGGAGGAUCAGCAUAUGGGAGUCUAAAAAGUGAUGCAUUAUAAUGGGGA